AUGAACUGGGAUGGCCCAAAGAACACACUGGCAUCAAUCCAUCUCUCUGAUGAAAUAGUGGAGGGCAGUUCAGUGACUCUGUCCUGCAGCAGUGAUGCCAACCCACCUGUGGACAAAUACACCUGGUACAAGAAGAUUGGAGGCCGCUAUCAGUCUUUCUCCUAUGAGAACACAGAACUACAGCAUGUCUUCAGUCACAUCCAGUCAUCUGACACUGGAGAGUACUACUGCGAGGCUCGGAAUGAGAUGGGGACAGACAGGUCUGAGUCUAUCGACAUCGAUGUGAAAUAUGGCCCAAAGAACAACUCAGUGUCAUUCAGUCCCUCUGGUGAAGUAGUGGAGGGCAGUUCAGUGACCCUGACCUGCAGCAGUGAUGCCAACCCACCAGUGCAGAGUUAUGCCUGGUACAAGAUUGGAAUCUUCUAUGGGAACACAGAAUCACAGCAGGUUUUCAGCCAAAUCAAGUCAUCUGACACUGGAGAGUACUACUGUUGGGUCUCGAAUGGAAUUAGUACAGGCAGGUCUCCAUCUUUACACAUCGAUGUGAAAUAUGCCCCCAAAAGCACCUCAGUGUCAGUCAGUCUCUCUGGUGAAAUAGUGGAGGGCAGUUCAGUGACUCUGACCUGCAGCAGUGAUGCCAACCCACCUGUGAACAAAUACACCUGGUACAUGAAGAACGUAACCUCACCAAAAGCAUCAGGACAGAGUUACAGCAUCACCAACAUCAGCUCUGAGGACAGAAGAGAAUACUACUGUGAGGCUGAGAAUAAAUAUGGACAUCUCAACUCUUCCUCUGUGUUUGUGGACGUUCAGUAUGGCCCAAAGAGCACCUCGGUGUCAGUCAGUCCCUCUGGUGGAAUAGUGGAGGGCAGUUCAGUGACUCUGACCUGCAGCAGUGAUGCCAACCCACCUGUCCAGAGUUUUACCUGGUGGUACAGGAAGAAUGGAGACCCCUAUCAGAGUAUCUCCAAUCAGAACACAGGACCACAUCAUGUCUUCAAUCAAAUCAAGUCAUCUGACACUGGAGAGUACUACUGUGAGGCACAGAAUAAGAUGGGGACAGACAGGUCUACGACCAUCAACGUGGAUGUGAAGUAUGGCCCAAAUAACACCUCAGUGUCAGUCAGUCCCUCUGGUGAAAUUGUGGAAGGUAGUUCAGUGACUCUGACCUGCAGCAGUGAUGCCAACCCACCUGUGAAACGUUAUACCUGGUACAAGAAGAAUGGAGGUCACUAUCAGUUCUCCUAUGUGAACACAGGACCACAGCAGGUCUUCAAUCAAAUCAAAUCAUCUGACACUGGAGAGUACUACUGUGAGGCCUGGAAUGGGAUUAAGAUGGGGAGGUCUGAAUCAAUCAACAUUAAUGUGAAAUAUGGCCCAAAGAACACCUCAGUGUCAGUCAGUCCCUCUGGUGAAAUAGUGGAGGGCAGUUCAGUGACUCUGACCUGCAGCAGUGAUGCCAACCCACAAGUGCAGAUUUACAUCUGGUACAAGAGGAUUGGAGCUGAAACCUCAAUGAGACAUUCUGGAUGGAGUUACAGCAUCACUAACAUCAGCUCUGAGGACAGAGGAGAAUACUACUGUGUGGCAGUGAAUGAAGUUGGAUGCAAAAGAUCAAAGCUUGUUCCUGUUAAGGUUUUGUAUAAACCAAAGAACACCUCAGUGUCAGUCAGUCCCUCUGGUGAAAUAGUGGAGGGCAGUUCAGUGACUCUGACCUGCAGCAGUGAUGCCAACCCACCUGUGCAGAGUUACACCUGGUACAAGAACAAUGUAACCUCACCAAUAUUAUCAGGACAGAAUUACAACAUCACCACCAUCAGCUCUGAAGACAGUGGACAUUACCAUUGUGAGGCUCGGAAUAAAAUAGCAUCUGAGAACUCUACAGCUCUGAUGAUCAUUGUAGCAGGGAAACAGACCUCUGACACAAGGAAAACAAGACACACAGCAGACAAUGGACAGACCCACGGCGGCACUAGCAGCUGAGGAGGACCCCUCUGUUCUCUACAGUACAGUCAACAAACCCAGAACCAAGAAGACCUGAACACAACAAACCCAGAACCAAGAAGACCUGAACACAACAAACCCAGA